AAUUACAGCGGGGUGUAGAGGCGGGAGCUGAGCGCGCGCAGUCAGAGCGGCGCGCAGGCAUGCCUGCAGACACACUCAGGCUGCGCUGACCUGGAAUCACUUGCCCGCCGCUGCAGAGGUUUGUCCAGAUGUUGGUGCACUCCUACUCCGCCGCGGACCGACACGAUGGGGUCUCGAGCCACAGCUCGCGCCUGUCCCAGCUGGGCUCGGUGGCGCACGGGGGGCCCUACUCCAGCGCGCCGCCGCUGUCCCACGCGCCCUCCUCGGACUUCCAGCCGCCGUACUUCCCCCCUCCGUAUCAGCCGCUCGCGCACUACCAGAGCCAGGACCCGUAUUCCCACGUGAGCGACCCCUACUCCCUGAACUCGCUGCACCAAAGCCAGCAGGGCGCGUGGGGCGCGCGCCAACGCCAGGAUGCCUCCGGGGAGCGCAUGGACGGCUCGUCGCUGCUGGCGCAGCCGCGGGCCUCGCUGCCGCAGCUGUCCGGCCUGGACCCGCGGCGGGACUACGGCGUGCGGCGGCCCGACGUGCUGCUGCACUCCACCCAUCCGGGGCUCGAAUCCGGGAUGGGGGACGGGCUGCUGCACGGGCUGCACGGCAUGGACGACGUGCAGGCCAUGGACGAGAGCAACGGAACCAACAUCCUGGAUCAGUCAGUAAUUAAGAAAGUCCCCAUGCCCCCCAAGAACGUGGGCUCCCUGAUGCUGGGGAAGGACGGCCUGAUCGGCGGAGUGAGCGUCAACAUCAACGAGGUGUUCUGUUCGGUCCCGGGCCGCCUGUCGCUGCUCAGCUCCACCUCCAAGUACAAGGUGACCGUGGGGGAGGUGCAGAGGAGGCUGUCCCCGCCCGAGUGCCUCAACGCCUCCUUGUUGGGGGGCGUCCUGAGGAGAGCCAAGUCGAAAAACGGCGGGAAAUGUUUGCGGGAGAAGCUGGAGAAGAUCGGCCUGAAUUUACCCGCAGGGAGGCGCAAAGCUGCCAACGUCACGCUCCUCACCUCUCUGGUAGAAGGUGAGGCGGUCCACCUGGCCCGGGACUUCGGCUACAUCUGCGAGACGGAGUUUCCCACCAAAGCCGUGAGCGAGUACCUGAACCGGCAGCACGCGGACCCCAGCGAGCUGCACACGCGGAAGAACAUGCUGCUGGCCACCAAACAGCUGUGUAAGGAGUUCACAGACCUGCUGGCCCAGGACAGGACUCCUCUGGGCAACUCAAGACCCACCCCUAUCUUGGAGCCUGGCAUCCAGAGCUGCCUCUCCCACUUCUCCUUCAUCACACACGGCUUCGGCUCUCCAGCCAUCUGCGCAGCGCUCACCGCCCUCCAGAACUACCUCACCGAGGCUCUCAAAGGACUCGACAAGAUGUUUCUGAACAACCCACCCAACAAUCGGCACGGGGAUGCUGGCAAAGCAGCCGGCGACAAAGAGGAGAAACAGCGGAAAUGAAGCAGGCCCAGGAGGGGAGCGACGACGAUGAAGAGCAGAGAGGGACAGCGGCGUCACACCGUUUCUUCUAGCUUUGCACCACUGCGGCUGCCCUGCCACGAACACAGAGGUCGAAUAGGAGGAUCUGGUGGAGAGAAAGCAGCAGAGAGGAGACACCCGUGGGCCAGUGUCAGAGAGCACAGAGGGAUUUUUCAUCUGUGUUACAUUCUUCUCAUUCCCCCGAGGACAUACCGUGCUACAUCCAUUUCGCUCCCCCCGCCUGCAUCCUGUGAGACUGAGAUGCUGCGAGCAGCAAGCAAACAACAUUGUGUCUGAGUGAGUGUGUGCCUGUGUUUGUCUUCACUGAAAACGCAUCGCGAGUUUGGAGUUGGUGAUAUCUGUUAAACAGGUUUGUCCGGUUAUUUAACGCAAACGGAAGCAAGGUGGUAAUAUGUGUAAAUAUUUAUUUAUAUUAAUUUAUAUGGAUGGUCGUGUAAAUAGGCGCCCCAGCUUUCUUGGAGUAGACCUAUUUAUCUGUGACCUUUGUGACCUUUGUGAGUCAGUGUUGGGGGGAAACCGGCCUUGUCCAGUGUGGGUUUUUUUAUGUUCUCAUAGAGCUGUUGUCAUGGUGCUGAUGAUGGGUAGACAUGCUUUAACUGUCCAGUGAUUUCAUUUCUAUCAUAUUGAUAAUAAACCAUUUGUUUUAUUACGCUA